GAAUUAAUAACCAACGGAGGGGAAUAUAAGGCAAGGAUUUCAACCCUGGAGCAUCCAUCGGGACCCAGCAAGGCAGAUCCUGCUCCAAAUUACUGUGCAACUGCUUCCUUGACACCUUAAGGAAUUAUGAAGAGAUACACAUUCUUCCAAGACCUUCUGCUGUCCUUGUAUUUUCUGGUUCCUUCCUUCUCAUUUGGUUUGGCGUACAACAGAUUACCUUAUUUUAUGAAUUACUUCUUUGAUACAUACUUGCUAAUUAAUGAAGACACACCAGUUGGCUCAUCAAUAACACAGCUGCUUGCCCGUGACCCUGACGGAACUGCCCUGGUGUUUGGGAUUGUAGGUGAUGAAGCCCAAAAGUUUUUCGCCGUACAGAGUGAGAGUGGUGUGGUCUGGCUGAGGCAACCAUUGGAUCGAGAGACUAAAUCAGAGUUUACCGUUGAAUUUUCUGUCAGUGACACCGAGGGGGUCACAAAAAUGAAAGCUAAUAUCCAAGUUGGUGAUGUCAAUGACAAUGCCCCCACCUUCCAUGGACAGCCGUACACAGUGCGCAUUACUGAGAAUACACCGGUGGGAACUCCAAUUUAUAUUGUGAAUGCAACGGACCCCGAUCAGGGAACAGGUGGAAGCGUGCUCUACUCUGUCCAGCCUCCUUCUGCUUUUUUUUCGAUAGACAAGACCCGGGGCAUUGUGACUGUGAUCCAGGGACUUGAUUAUGAGACCACUCAGGCUUAUCAACUUCAGGUCAAUGCAACGGAUCAAGAUAAAACAAAACCCCUUUCAACAUUGGCCAAUUUGGCCAUCACAAUCACAGAUAUUCAGGAUAUGGACCCAGUAUUCAUCAACUUGCCUUAUAGCACUAACAUAUAUGAAAACUCACCUCCGGGAACAACAGUACGAAUGAUAACCGCUAUUGAUCAAGACAGAGGUCGGCCUAGAUCAAUUGUCUACACCAUAGUUUCUGGUAACACCAACAGCAUAUUUGCCUUGGAUUACUUCAGUGGUGCCUUAACACUCAAUGGCCAACUAGACCGAGAGAAUCCCUUGUAUACAUCUGGCUUUAUUCUUACAGUAAAGGCAACCGAACAGCUGGAUGAUCGAACCCUUUCUGAUGCUACAGUGAGAACAACAUUCAACAUUCUAGUGAUUGAUAUCAAUGACAAUGCCCCACAGUUUAAUAGCUCGGAGUACUCUGUCAGCAUUCCAGAAUUGGCUCAGUUGGGUUUUGCAUUGCCUCUGUAUAUUGAAGUUCAAGAUAAAGAUGAGAAUUUAGGUAUGAACAGCGCCUUUGAUGUUUACCUGGUGGGAAACAACUCCAAUCAUUUCAUCAUUUCUCCAACCUCUGUCCAAGGAAAAGCAGAUAUACGUGUACGAGUUGCCGUGCCGUUGGAUUAUGAGACGAUUCCCCGUUAUGAAUUCUCUCUGUUUGCAAAUGAAAGUGUUUCGGACCAUGUGGGAUUUUCAAAAGUGAAGAUUAACCUGAUCAAUGAGAAUGACAACCGCCCUAUCUUCAGUCAGCCUCUUUACAACAUAACCCUUUAUGAGAAUGUUACCGUUGGGACCACUAUUCUCAGAGUUAUUGCUACAGACAAUGACGUUGGAACAUUUGGAAAAGUAAAUUAUUACUUCAGUGAUGAUCCUGAUAGGUUCUUACUUGACAAGGACACAGGUGUAAUAACACUGAUUGCCCGACUAGACUUUGAGACUACCCAGCGCUACACCCUCACAGUGAUUGCACGGGAUGGCGGUGGUGAGGAGACAACCGGCCGUGUACGUGUCAACGUAUUGGAUGUCAAUGACAACACCCCUACGUUUCAGAAGGAUUUAUAUCUAGGCGCAAUCCGAGAAAAUGAACCAUCUGUAACCACAGUAAUUAAACUUAGAGCAACUGAUGAAGACUCUCCUCCAAACAACCAAAUUACCUACACCAUCACUGAGGCUUCAGCAUUCCGCAACUAUUUUGACGUCUCAAUUUCUGAGGGUUAUGGAAUUAUUACUGUGGUUCGACCUCUGGAUUAUGAACAAAUCUCAAAUGGCAUCAUUACUUUGACGGUUAUGGCAAAAGACUCUGGGGUACCAUCACUGAACAGCUCUGUACCUGUCACAAUUGAAGUCUUUGAUGAAAAUGACAACCCUCCCACAUUCAGUCGCUCAUCUUACAUUAUCACAGUGCUGGAAAACAUCAUAGCAGGCGCAACUGUACUUCUCCUAAAUGCAACAGAUUUGGAUCGAUCAAGAGAGUACGGCCAAGAAUCUAUUAUAUAUACAUUGGAAGGCUCACCUCAGUUCCGGAUUAAUGCCCGAUCAGGAGAAAUCACUACAACAACUCUUCUGGAUCGUGAAGCAAAAUCAGAGUAUAUCUUAAUUAUCCGUGCUAUGGAUGGUGGUGUCGGACCCAAUCAGAAAACAGGCAUAGCUACAGUAAAUAUCACUUUGUUGGAUAUAAAUGACAAUGCUCCUCAAUGGAAAGAUGAACCUUACCUUAUUAACCUGGUAGAAAUGACGCCGCCAGAUUCAGAUGUCACUACGGUGGUUGCCUUAGAUCCAGACCUUGCUGAGAAUGGUACUGUGGUAUACAGCAUCAACCCUCCUAAUAAGUUCUAUGCCUUGAAUAGCACCACUGGGAAGAUCAGAACAACAGGUGUGGUGCUAGACAGGGAGAACCCAAAUCCACAGGAAGCUGAACUCAUGAGGAAGAUCGUUAUCUCAGCAACUGACCGAGGAAGACCACCUCUCCGGGCCACGAGCAGUGCUACCGUUUUUGUAAAUUUACUGGAUCUCAAUGAUAAUGACCCCACAUUUCAGAAUCAACCAUUUAUUGCUGAGGUGCUUGAGGGCACACCUGUCGGUACUUCUGUAUUUCAGGUGGUAGCUAUAGACCUUGAUGAAGGCUUGAAUGGGCAAGUAACAUAUCAGAUGCGGGUUGGAAUGCCACGUAUGGACUUUGUCUUAAAUAGCACAACUGGACUGGUUACCUCUACCGCCAUACUGGAUCGAGAAAAGAUCAGCGAGUAUUACCUGAGGGUAGUGGCCAGUGAUGCAGGAUCACCAUCCAAAAGCUCUACCAGCACUCUUACCGUUCGUGUGCUGGAUGUCAAUGACGAGAGCCCAACUUUCUAUCCAACUUUAUACAACAUCUCACUGGCUGAGAAUGUACCACGAGAUUACAUUGUGGCACGCAUGAACUGCUCAGAUGCUGAUGCUGGACUCAAUGCAGAGCUGAGCUAUUUCAUAACUGGAGGGAACCAAGAUGGGAAGUUCAUGGUUGGUUACCGUGAUGGUGUCCUGAGAACAGUUGUGGGUCUUGACAGGGAGACUAUGGCCUUCUACAGCCUAGUGCUGGAAGCUAUUGACAAUGGGCCAGCUGGAAAUCGGAAAACAGGAACAGCCACUGUCCUGGUGACGGUACUGGACAUUAAUGAUAACAAACCAAUCUUCCUGAAGAGCAGUUAUGAGGCCACUGUUCCUGAAAAUAUUCCAGAAUCCAGCAGCAUUGUCCAGCUGGAAGCUAGUGAUGCAGACGAGGGGGAGAAUGGGCGAGUUUGGUACCGUAUUGUUAGUGGCAAUGACAAGAAUAAUUUUCGAAUUGAUGUUAGCACAGGACUACUUGUGCGAGGCACCAAGGCUCUGGACAGAGAGACCAGCUCCUCUCAUGUGUUAGUAAUGGAGGCAUAUAACAGUGAUCAAGGCCCUAUGAGAAGUUCUGUGAGGGUGAUUGUGUAUGUUGACGAUGUUAAUGAUGAAGCUCCAGCUUUCACACAACAGCAGUAUAGCCGAUUGGGCCUACGUGAAACUGUUGGGAUUGGGACUUCAGUUACAGUGGUCAGAGCUACUGACAAAGACACAGGUGAUGGUGGGGUGGUGGUCUACAGUCUGCUGUCAGGCUCAGAUGGAAAGUUUGAGAUGGAUGGAAGCACUGGUCUUCUAACCACAAUCGAUUACCUGGAUUAUGAGACCAAAAUCAGCUACAUUAUGAAUGUGUCAGCCACAGACCAGGCUCCCCCAUACAACCGCGGUUUCUGCUCUGUGUAUAUCACACUGAUGAACGAACCAGAUGAAGUUGUUCAGUUCUCCAGCACCACCUAUGAAGCUGUAAUAUUGGAAAACAUUGCUACCGGCACAGAAGUCCUUAGGGUACAAGCGAGGUCUAUUGAUAACUUGAACCAGCUAACAUACCGCUUUGACCAGAACACAAAUGCCCAGGCUCUGGCCCUUUUCAAGAUUGAUAAAAUCACAGGUACAAUAACAGUGAAAGGUUUGGUAGAUCGAGAGAAAGGAGAUUUUUAUUCCCUGACAGUAGUUGCUGAUGAUGGUGGCCCCAAGCUGGAGACUACUUUGAAAGUACAGAUUACAGUUUUGGAUGAGAACGACAACAACCCUCAAUUUGAUCCAACAUCGGAUUCAGUGGUCAAUGUGGCGGAGGACUGUCUCACCGGCCAGCGUAUAGCUCUAGUCAUGGCUAGAGACCCUGAUGCUGGAGAUAAUGGCAUGGUGGCCUUUUCCAUAGCAGCUGGUAAUGCAGUUAGGCUGUUUGAAAUCCGCACCACCAAUGAAUCUUAUGGUGAAGUUUUCCUGGCGAAAUCCCUGGACAGAGAAUUGCAAGAGCUGCAUGUGUUAAAGGUAAUGGCUUCAGAUAAAGGAUCUCCAAUUCGAAGAACAGAUUACACCCUAACAGUGAACGUCAUAGAUGUGAAUGACAAUCCUCCUAUCAUUAACCGUCCAUACGGUUACAAUGUUAGUGUGUAUGAGAAUGUUGGAGGUGGAACAUCAAUUAUUCGAGUAAACGCUACAGACAAGGACAAAGGACUGAAUAGUGUUCUCUCAUAUUACAUCACACAAGGCAAUGAGGACUCAAUUUUCCGCAUGGAUAGGCUCACUGGUGAAAUUUCUACAAGGCCAUCUCCUCCUGAUCGUGAAAAACAGAGCUUCUAUCAACUUAAGGUUGUCGUGGAGGAUGAAGGAAAUCCUGCCCUCUCGGCAACAACAACAGUCUAUGUGACCAUCUUGGAUGAAAAUGACAAUGCUCCCAUGUUUGAAAGUCCACUAUAUGAAGUCAGGUUGGAUGAAGGUCCUCUGACACUAAACUCUGUCAUUAUUACAACUACAGCUGUGGAUCUUGAUGAAGGACUUAAUGGCACAGUUACCUAUAACAUAAUAAAUGGUAACCUCCAGAACACCUUUACGAUCAAUAAUGGCACGGGUCUGAUACGUGCUGUGAAGGAACUGGAUUAUGAAGUCUGUCUGGGUCGAUAUACUCUAAUUGUAACUGCGACAGAUAGGUGUCCCAUUGUACUACGCAGCCUGACUUCCACUACCACGGUGUUGGUCAAUGUUAAUGACAUCAAUGAUAACUGGCCAACCUUUCCAAAAUCAUAUGAGGGUCCUUUUGAUAUCACCGAAGGGCAGCCUGGUCCUAGAGUAUCAACCUUUAAAGCUGAAGAUAAAGAUGCUGGUCUCAAUGGCCAAGUAGAAUACAGCAUUGUAGGUGGUGAUAUCCUUGGGGAGUUUGUAAUAUCAUCGGUAGAAGGAGACUUGAGAGUUCGAAAGGACUAUGAACUUGAUCGAGAGAACAUUGCUUUCUACAAUAUAACCAUCAUGGCAAAGGACAGGGGCAAUCCUCCAUUCAGCUCUACGGCCAUUGUGGAAGUGCGAGUGUUGGAUAUUAAUGACAACGAUCCCGUUCUCCUCAAUCUUCCAGUAAAUAUAACCAUCAGUGAAAACACACCAGUAUUAACCCCCAUCACCCGGAUUCUUGCUAGUGAUGCUGAUGCUGGCCGUAAUGCCCUUCUGACCUUUAAUAUAACAGGAGGGAAUAUUGAAAACUCUUUUUCCAUCAAUGAAAAUACUGGAAUAGUUUAUGUGAAUCGUCUCCUGGACAGAGAGAAAAUUUCAGAGUACAAGCUCACAGUAACUGUGAAGGAUAAUCCAGAAAAUGCCCGGAAUUCUAGAAAGGACAUUGACCUGUUGAUUGUGACCAUAUCAGAUGAGAAUGACAAUAGGCCAGUGUUCUCCCAAGGAUCAUAUCAAGCGGAGAUCAUGGAGAACUCCCCAGCAGGAACACCCAUCAUUGUCCUUAAUGGGCCUAUUCUAGCUAUAGACAAUGACAUAGGAGUAAAUGCUGUGGUGUCAUAUCGACUUCUCGGUUCCCAGAUGGAUUUGUUUAUCAUGAACAGCAGCACAGGUGUUGUGGCUGUGAAAUCAGGCAGAAUUAUAGACAGGGAAGCGUCCUCUGUUCCUGUGCUGAAUCUAACACUCGUGGCAGAAGAUAUUGGGAAGUUAAAUAGCACAGCCUCACUUGUCUUAACAAUACUGGAUGCUAAUGACAACAGACCUGUCUUUAGCCCACAGAGUGUUAGUGUGCGCCUUAGGGAAAAUAGUCUUCCAGGGUUUUCUGUUGUGCAGGUAACAGCAACAGAUGCAGACAGUGGCCCAAACCAACAACUAACCUAUCGAAUAGAAAGUGGUGCCCAAGACAGGUUCCUUAUUGAUUCCUCUACAGGUGUCAUUAGGGUGGCCAAUAUGACUGUGGACAGGGAAGAAAAAGAUGCAUACAGGCUAAUAGUAGUUGCCACAGACCAUGGUACCACUCCUUUAUCUGGAAGUGUCACAGUCAAUAUACUCAUUGAUGAUGUCAAUGACUGUCCACCAGAGUUUGUCAAUCCUAUCCAGACUGUGAGUGUCUUGGAAUCAGCUGAGGUGGGAACCAUCAUAGCUGAGGUCACUGCCAUUGACCGAGACCUCAACCCUCGUCUGGAGUACUACAUCAUUGAAAUUGUGGCCACAGAUGACACCAAUGUUAUUGUGCCUAAUCAGCAGGGAAUAUUCAGUAUAGACUUCAAAACAGGAGCAGUUAUGGUAAAAUCUCCCUUGAACAGAGAACUUGUAGCCACUUAUGACCUUGCUAUCUCUGUUUAUGAUAAUGCAAGCGAGGUGGUCGACCGAUCAGUCAGUGUCCCUAAUGCAAAGCUUACAGUGAAUAUUCUGGAUGUUAAUGACAACACUCCAAGAUUUCGACCAUUUGGAGUAAUUGUUUUCUCUCAGAGGAUAAUUGAAGGUGCCACCCCAGGGACCACAGUGUUGUCUGUAUCUGCUGUUGACCCGGAUAAGGGAUCUAAUGGUCAGAUCACCUACUCUCUUCAUAACCUUGUGCCAGCUGGAUACGUACAACUUGAGGACAACACAGCAGGAAAAAUUAUAGCAAACCGGACUGUGGAUUAUGAGCAAGUGCAGUGGUUAAAUUUCACUGUCAGAGCAUCAGAUAAUGGCUCUCCACGGAGAUCUUCCGAGGUUCCUGUUUGUCUUGAGAUUGUGGAUAUCAAUGACAAUAAUCCAGUGUUUAGCCAGUCUUCAUAUCAGAAACCUGUUUUUGAGGAUAUCCAACUUGGUUCUACGGUUUUGCAAAUAAAAGCCACGGAUGCAGACUCUGGGCGGUUUGCACUCAUUCAGUACAGCCUUGUGGAUGGAGAGGGCAAGUUUGGGAUAAACCCUACUACGGGAGACAUAUACAUCCUUUCCCCAUUGGACAGAGAGAAGAAGGAUUACUAUACUCUUACAGCCAUUGCCAGAGACAAUCCUGGAGACAUCGCUAGCAACCGACGAGAGAACUCUGUGCAGGUGCUUAUUACGGUCCUGGAUGUUAAUGACUGCAGACCGCAGUUCUCUAAAAGCCAGUUCAGUACCAGCGUGUAUGAGAAUGAACCAGAGGGCACAUCUGUUAUCACUAUGUCAGCCACAGACCUGGACGAGGGUGACAACGGUGUGGUGACCUAUAAUCUGCAGGGCCCUGGUGCUGAUGCAUUCCUCAUUGAGAGUAACUCUGGACUAAUAACUUCCCGAAGACUCCUACAGUCCUUUGAAAGAUUCAAUUUGACAGUUGUAGCCACUGACAAAGGCAGACCUCCUCUGUGGGGGACCACCAUGUUAAAAGUAGAGGUGAUUGAUGUUAAUGAUAAUCGGCCUGUGUUUGUUCGGCCACCCAAUGGUACCAUUCUACAUAUAAAAGAGGAAAUCCCCUUAAAGUCUACAGUAUAUGAAGUAUAUGCCACGGAUAACGAUGAGGGUUUGAAUGGAGCAGUACGCUACAGUUUCUUAAAAACUGGAGCUGGAAAUAAGGACUGGGAGUAUUAUAGUAUUGAUUCUAUGAGCGGACUUAUUCAAACAGCACAGAGAUUAGAUCGGGAGAAGCAAGCCAUCUAUAGUCUUAUAAUUGUGGCCUAUGACCUUGGUCAACCAGUGCCUUAUGAAACCAUGCUACCUCUUCAGAUUGCUCUAGACGAUGUUGAUGACAAUGAGCCGAUUUUUGUCCGGCCACCGAGAGGUGCUGUGCAAUACCAAAUGCUUUUUGUCCGUGAGCAUUCCAAAACUGGAACUGUAGUGGGGAAUGUCAGUGGCGCUGUGGAUGGUGAUGAAGGUUCAAAUGCCAUUGUCUACUAUUUUAUUGCAGCUGGGAAUGAGGAAAACAACUUCCAGCUGGCUCCUGAAGGAAAGCUGACAGUUCUGAAGAACCUGGACCGAGAGAAGGAACCAUACUACUCUCUUACAAUAAAAGCAUCCAGCAACAGGAAUUGGUCAGCACGCAAAGCGAUGAGGGCUGCGAGGAUACAGAGCUUUGAUCCCAGUACUGACUCAACCUUGCAGGAAGUUAGGAUCUACCUGGAGGACAUUAAUGAUCAGCCACCUAGGUUCACAAAAACAGAGUAUACAGCAGGUGUUGCAACUGAUGCAAAAGUAGGCUCCGACCUUAUAAAGGUUCUAGCACUUGAUGCUGAUGUGGGCAAUAAUAGUCUGGUAUUCUACAGCAUCUUGGGCAUUCACUACAUCAAACAGAACUCAAAUGACUCAGAGGAGGUGAAAAAUAUUUUUGUGAUUGGUAAGGUUGAUGGUAUUAUUCGGACGUUUGAUCUCUUUACCGCCUACAGCCCUGGUUACUUUGUGGUUGACAUAAUGGCCGCUGAUCUGGCAGGGCACAAUGAUACUGCUGUUGUUGGGAUAUAUAUCUUACGGGAUGACCAGCGCUUAAAGAUAGUUAUUAAUGAGAUUCCUGACCGAGUGCGUGAAUUUGAAGAGGAAUUUAUACGGCUUUUAUCCAACAUCACAGGAGCCAUUGUCAAUACAGAUGACGUUCAGUUUCAUGUAGACAAAAAAGGCAGAGUGAACUUUGCCCAGACUGAUAUGUUGAUUCAUGUUGUAAAUCGCGAUACCAACAGAAUUCUUGACGUGGAUCGAGUUAUACAGAUGAUUGAUGAGAAUAAAGAGCAGUUAAGGAAUCUCUUUCGCAAUUACAAUGUCUUGGAUGUCCAGCCAGCUACUGCACCCACUGCUCCGGAGGACCUGUCUGCUUUACAGAUGGCAAUUAUUAUAUUGGCAAUCCUGCUGUUCCUGGCUGCAAUGUUAUUCAUCUUCAUGAACUGGUACUACCGUACUGUACACAAAAGAAAGUUAAAAGCUGUAGUGGCUGGCUCUACAGGAAACAGAGGCUUCAUGGAUAUUCUUGAUAUGCCCAACACUAAUAAAUACUCAUUUGAAGGGGCAAACCCUGUAUGGCUGGAUCCUUUUUGUCGGAAUUUGGAACUGGCGGCACAAGCAGAGCAUGAAGAUGACUUGCCUGAGAACUUGAGUGACAUUACUGAUCUGUGGAAUAGCCCAGCAAGAACUCAUGGUACUUUUGGACGAGAACCAACUGCCUCCAAACCAGAUGAUGACCGUUACCUUCGUGCUGCAAUUCAAGAGUAUGACAACAUUGCAAAACUGGGGCAGAUUAUGCGUGAAGGGCCCAUCAAGGGAUCACUGCUGAAAGUCGUUUUGGAUGAUUAUAUGAGACUGAAAAAGUUAUUAGCGCAAAGAAUGGUUCAUAAGGCCACCACCAGCACUGGUGACCAGUCCUCAGUCACAGAGUUGAUUCAGAAUGAUUUGGAUGAUGAUGAGGAUGAGAGCCCAAGGCACGGCUCACUACGCUUCAAACACAAGCAGCCAAUUGAAUUGAAAGGACCAGAUGGAAUCCACAUUGUUCAUGGUAGCACAGGGACUCUCUUAAAUUCUGACAUCAACAGUUUACCAGAAGAAGAUCAAAGAGCUCUAGGGCGUUCUCUGGAAACGCUUAGCACAGACAAUUGUGUUUUUAAUGAUAGAAAUGCCCGCACAGAAUCUGCCAAGUCUACUCCAAUGCACAAGCUGAGAGAUACCAUCGAGGAGAGCCCUCUGGAGAUAACAGAAUUAUGACUAGAGGUGGCCUCAUUGGUCUAGCAGCUAAGAAGAGCGUACUGAGCCCUGCUUCAGCAUUGUGGCACAAAAAGGAGAGGAGGCAGCAAAUGGUAGCAUAGCUUAAGCUGCCAAGAGGAUGUAUCCAAAAUGACCGGCGCCUUACCAUCCAGAGCAGACUAGAAGGUUAUAUAAAAAGGAAA